ACGUUUUUUUAGCGAUUGUUUGGCCAAAAUGUACUUAUUAUGUAACAUGGUACGAAUAGUGGAUAUCUGAAAAUUGAUUAAAAUCACGUAAUUUUAAUGAAGCAUGUUCAAAAAGCAGUAAAUUUGACAGUUCCCUAAGUGUCAAUAUGGCAAACCGCGCUUCGUUUGUAAACAUAUACCUUAGUCUAACGUAAGGACUUCUGUGAUUGGUUAACUAUCAUCGCAAACGACCAACCGCAAGGAAGGUUAUAAAAUUGACGGGAAAUUGAGUUGAGUAUUAUGGUCUGUACACUUUUGGUGAAAUUUGUGAACUUAUCAAUGAUUGCUGUUUGUGAACUAUUUUCAUGAAUAAUAACGGGACUUUUCAUCCAUGUAGCAGGAAUUUUGAUGAAGUGAUAUCUCUAUGAAAUGAUGAUGAACGGGGAAAUACCAAGUGUACCGAUAACUACCCUCGCGGGGGUGGCAAGUUUAACUGAUAUGUUGCCAGAACUGCCCUUGCCAUCACCUUUGCUUCAAAAUAUGCACAAGAAAAGUUUAUUAUACAACCCGCUGAUUGCCGAUGAUGCCCAAAAUCGUCUUCAUUCUAGGGACCCAGCUUUAGCACAGCAGUUAGUGGCAGCCAUCAGGCAGACAUCUACAGAUCACAUAGAAUUAAAAGAUGGUUUUUCAAACACUUCCAUGGGAGAUGACAUGCCACAACUAUUGAAAACAAUUUUAACCUGUGAUCCGCAGGUUUUCAAUGGAAAUAGACCUGGCUCCUCACAGUAUAAUUCACGGCAUGCAAACUUCACUCCUCAACAACCAAACUACCCAUCAGCAGAGGCCAUGGGCUUCAAUGGAAACCAUCACCAGAUGGGUCAUCAAGCAAAUCAACCGUCCAGUCGACAUCAAAAUCAAAACAACAGUUCAUAUCAACCAUACAACAGCCCUUACCAGUCACAAAGUACUGGUCAUCUUCCUCAAGAAAUUAACUCACAUACUCAAAAUCAGAUAAAUCGGAAUAUAUCAGUUGUGAAUGGCUUCCCAGAUGCUGCCCUUAUUAAUUCUCAACAACAAAAUGAUAAUACCGAACAGCAAAAGGCAGCAGUUGCAUCCCCAGCGCAAGCCACAUCAGCAGAAAGGUUAUCAAGCCAACAAAACAUACGACAGCCAUCUUCAUCAGUUCCAUCUAGUUUUUCGGAUGAUUUAGUGCGUAGUAAUAGAUCAUGUCGUAGCAAUUCACAUCAAACUAGAGAAGAGCCUGAGGCCUCAUCUGCUAAAAAACAAAAGUCAGAACCAGUUGUUGUGCUACAAUUAUUAGACCCAAAGACAAUACAACAAAUAAAAUCUGCAGGGUCAGUUAAAACCGACGCUUCGCGUAAAAGAAAACGUAUUACUGAGGGAAUACGCUAUAAUAUGAACACUUCAAGAAAAAAGUAUGCAGAAGAUAGUGAUAGUGACGAAUCUUGGAAUGACGAUGAAGAAGAGCAACAACAAACAUCUAAAAAACGGAAAACAGAAAAGAAACAUAAAAGAACUGUCCAAGCCCAUUUAUCGCUUGAAGAACUCAUGGAAAGUCCCACAUUUAAAAAAUUUAAUAGUUGUGUGGACUAUAUAUUUGAUAGUGUUGAAGAGGUAAACUUUACUGCCAUUGAUCCAAAUGAUGAUCAGGCAGAAUGCCCUCCAGAAUCAUUAAUUGCAAAGGGUAUAUUAACAGACUUAUGUGGUGAGGCAGCAAAGUUACGGUCAAUGGGUGCAAUGAAUCAAAUGCCUCCAGAAAGACUUGUUAAAUUGCUAACAAUUCUUCAGUGGAAUAUACGCGACGGUAGCAGUGUCACCCCAAAUGUUAGCCAGGAUGAUGCAGAUGAAGACGAACAAAAAUUAUGGCGCCAACUUACAAUGGAGAGAAUAAUGCGAAGUAUGGAUGCCACAUUAACUGCCCUGUUCAUAAUGACUUCUCCUAAUAUGCCAAAACAAGUGUAUCUGGAAGAUGUUAUUGAACGGAUUUUAUUUUUCGGUAAAUUCCAGUUACAUAAUACAAUUUACCCAGAAUUUGAUCCAGUAUAUAAAACAGAUGCCAAUUCAAAAGAUGGAUAUCACGGUAGCAUAAAAUUGAAAAGAGCGCGGGCAGGAUCUGUGAAACAUAAAUCAACCAUUGCGCUUUUCAACAAAAUAUCUGAAAUGGUUGGUUGUCUUGGCGAACUGAUAGAAAUACAAGAAUUGACUGACACUGUGAUACUUCAAGCAUCCUCGCUUGGUGUUUCUCCUUUUUUUGUAGAAAAUGUGAGUGAACUUCAGUUAAAUGCUAUUAAAUUAGUCACAACCAUAUUUUCUAGAUAUGAUCAACACCGACAACUUAUUCUUGAAGAUAUUUUUGCCAGUUUAGCACGACUUCCUUCCAGUAAGAGAAAUAUACGAAUUUAUCGGUUGAAUUCAGAAGAGUCUAUUCAAAUGGUAACUGCUCUUGCUCUUCAGUUAAUACAAUGUGUUAUAAAACUACCUCAGCUAGAAUCUGAUGGCACGCCCAAAGAACCAUCUGAAGAACGGCCAAAAAAGAAAGGGGGAGCACAAACCGACAAUGAAGUCCUUGUCAUCAGUAGUUAUGAAACGGCAAUGCGAACAGGCUACAAUUUCCUGUCUGUUUUUCUGAAGAAAUGUACAACUAAAAAUGAAGAAGAUUACAGACCAUUAUUUGAAAAUUUUGUGCAAGAUCUUCUAUCAACAGUCAACAAACCAGAGUGGCCUGCUUCAGAACUACUGCUCAGUUUAUUGGGUGGAAUAUUAGUAAAACAAUUUAGCAAUAAAUCCACUGACAUGUCUUUACGAGUUGCCUCCCUUGAAUACCUUGGUAUUGUUGCAGCUCGGCUGAGAAAAGAUGCUGUUUCCAGUAGAAUGAAUCCCGACAUUAUCCAAGAAAUAGUGGAAAAGGUUAAUGGUAAUGAUGAUGAAGAUGAUGAUAAUGACGAAGAGAAGAACAAGACAGGGGAAAGAACCUCUGAUGUAACACAAAAUUUACAAGAGGCCAUGUUAACAUAUUUAGCAUUUAAUGGUGAAAAGGAACCCUCCCUUAUGUUUGCGCGACAGUUUUAUAUUGCUCAAUGGUUCAGAGAUACAAACGUCAAAGCUGAGAAAAAUAUGAAGUCCUCUGCUCAAGACCCAGACAGUGACCAAUCUGAAGGGGAUAGAGUGACCGAGCAAAUGCAAGACAUCGAGAAACGAAAAGAAUUCCUAUUCGCACAAGCUGGCAUCACAAUGGCACCUUCAUAUAAACCUACACCAAGUAAAUUAGAUUAUGAAAGUGCAUGUUUAGUAGCAAGGUAUCUGUCUUCUAAACGACCAUUUGCACAAAGUUUUGACAUUUAUUUGACUCAAAUAUUGAAAGUGUUGUGUGAAACUGCCGUUGCUGUUAGAACAAAGGCAAUGAAAUGUCUUACUGCUGUUAUCGAGGCAGAUCCUAGCAUAUUAGCAAGAGACGAUAUGCAACGCGGCGUUCAUGGUCGAUUUUUAGAUCAGUCAACAUCUGUGCGUGAAGCAGCUGUCGAGUUAGUUGGAAAGUUUAUUUUAAUACGUCCAGAACUAAUCCCACAAUAUUACGAAAUGCUGUCCGAACGUAUACUUGAUACCGGUAUCAGCGUGCGUAAACGUGUCAUACGUAUAUUUAAAGACAUUUGCAUAGAAGAAUCUGAAUUUCCCAAAAUUCCUGAAAUGUGUGUUAAAAUGAUUCAGAGAGUUAAUGAUGAAGAAGGUAUCAAAAAACUGAUUAACGAAGUGUUUCAGACAAUGUGGUUUUCGCCCAUAAGUACGCGAGAAAAAGACUCUGGAAAACUUUUGUUAAAAGUGAUGAACAUUACUGACGUUGUUGCAGCUUCAAAAGAAAUUGGUUAUGAUUUCUUUGAACAAAUGUUAGAAAAUCUAUUGAAAAAAGACGAAGAUGGCAACUAUAAUAAAUCUGCUCUGACUGCUUGUCGUCAAAUUGUCGAUUGUCUUGUUGACAAUGUCUUAAAACUAGAAGAAGGAACAGCCGAGACAUCUGCUUCAAAAAGUACCAAAACUCGUUUAUGUGCCUGUCUCUCUACACUGUUUCUCUUCAGUAAAAUCAAACCAGAUCUUAUGGUAAAUCAUGCUACAACCCUUCAACCCUAUCUGGAUAUUAAAUGUAGCACACAGGAAGAUUAUUUAGUGCUUCAUUAUGUAGCACGUAUAUUAGAACUAGUUGUUCCUCUUAUGAACCAUCCAAGUGAAUCUUUUCUUGCCCAAUUAGAAGAGGACAUGAUGAAACUUGUAUUAAAACAUGGCAUGAUGGUUCUACAAAGUUGUGUUAGUUGUUUAGGUGCUGUUGUAAAUAUGGUUAGCUAUAAUUUUGCUCUUGUUAAAGACUGUUUUCAGAAAUUCUUCAGUGUGCUUUCCAAAUUAAUGACUGAUCAUCGCGAAGAUCCUGAUAAUCCCACAUUAAAAAGUAGACGACCUACUAUGUUACGAUCAUUAUUUACUGUUGGGUUGUUAUGCAAACAUUUUGACUUUGACGCUAAAGAAAUGGGGGAAACAAAAGUGUGUGUGCGAGAAAAAGUUUUUGAUGUUCUUACAUAUUUUAUGUGCCAUGAAGACGAAGAUGUAAGACUUAAGGCUUUAAAUGCUCUUGGCUUUUUCCUUAUCAGGCAUUAUGAUUACAUGUUAGGGCCAACCGUGAAAGACAUGUACAAUAUGUUUUUAACUGAUAAUAAUGCUCCAACUAAAUUAAGAUGUCAGGUUUUGAGAAAUCUACAAAGUUAUUUGGUGGAAGAAGAAAACCGUAUGUUGCUGGCCGAUCAACAAUGGAAAAAACAGUCAAAGAAUGAAGAUCUGAAGGAAAUGGGUGAUAUCCAGUCUGGAAUGGCAAGUGCUAUCAUGCAGGUUUAUUUAAAACAAGUGUUAGAAUCAUUCUUUCACGAAAAUUCUUCGGUUCGUCUGACUGCACUUGGUGUUAUUAAACUGAUUUUAAAACAAGGACUUGUUCAUCCAGUGCAGUGUGUACCCUAUUUAAUUUGUAUGGGAACCGAUACGGAAGCUGCGGUAAGAAUAAAAGCUGAUCAACAAAUGUUGGAAAUUGAGAAAAAAUACCCCGGAUUCACCCAUAUGAAAGCUCAACAAGGUCUGAAAUUUUCCUACAAACUACAGCAAGUCCUGACAAACAACAAGGAUGGUCCAAUCCGUGGUAUGAGAAUUGUAAAAGAUGAUAUUCCAACUGGUCUUAACUCGCAUGUCUACAAAGUCAUCAGGGGUAACAGACAACACCGUAGAGGUUUCUUGACAACCAUCUUAAACCUGUUUGAUGAUUCGGCUAGAAUAUCAUUAGCAGAACAGCUAUAUACAGCAGAUAAUCUAGCUUAUUACCCAUACCAAUUCCAAGAUGAACCAUUAUUUAUCAUCCAUCAAAUAGAUAUUAUAGUGUCAGUCACUGGUUCCAAUCUCCUCCAGUCAUUUAAAGAAGCUUUAUUACCAAAACCAGGUGCUGAAACUAGGUAUGAUGAUGAUGAUGACGAUCGCGAAGCCCUAAUGGCUCGUUUCCCUGAAAACAUCCAACCUCUUGAAGAAAUAUUAGAUCUCUCAAGAGGCUGUGUGUUAUUGCUUGUACUCAAACAACACCUGAAAGAUAUGUAUGGUUUUACAGACAGCAAGAUACAUCGAUACUCACCAAGUGAACAAGCAAAGGUUCAUGAAAAGCCACUCUCAAAGAAAAAUAACCUGAAGUUUAACCCACAUUACACCAUUGAAUGCUUGACUCAAAAAAAGAUGGACUUGGAUGCAGAGGAAGCCAAAACAAAACUUGUAGAAGAUUACCUCGAGUUUAAAGAUUUGAUGAUGAGUAUUGAUCCAUCAGAUGAAGAUGACAGUGGUGAUGAGGGGUCUGGAAGAGGGACACCACCACACAGUUCAUCCGGCUCAAAACUUCUUGCCACGGACGAGGGUAAAGAAGGAAAUGCUGUAGUUGUGGAAGGAGAAGAAACCGGGGCAAGUUCAUCUGAUCAAGUUGUAACAACGACUCCACCAAAAGAGCAUCAUCCCCCACCAUUAACACUGAGUAUAUCGAAAUCGAGAACUCCGCAUAGUGAGCGCAAGAAGAGCCGCCUUAUUACGUCAAGCACAAAAUCCCACCACCAUCGAUCAAGUAAAGAUUCCAUUAGCAAAACUCCAACAUCUAAGAAGAAGAAGAAAAAGAGGAAGAAGUAUUGUAGUGAUGAUGAAAGUGAUGAUGAUGAUGACCCAGACUUUACAAUGUAGAUAAAACUAUAGACAUAAAUAACGCAAAUCAGGUGUUACAAAAACUGUUAUAUAUAUUGUGUUAAUAAUAUUAUUACUUUUAUUAAUGCUGUUAAAAUACAUAUAUAAUAAUCAGUGUGAAUAUCAACAUGACCUUUUUUUUUCUUGAUCAGUUCGUAUAAAAGUGUAUGAUAUAUAGUUACAUAUUUUUUAUUUAUUGGACAAUAGAAUAUUUUGCUUGAUAUGCGAACGACUUUUAAACUGUUAAUAUCUAAUAAUUUUUUUUUUCAUUGUUGCAUCUACUUCAUGUUAAGUUGUACAUUAUGGUUUCCUCAUAUUCAUUAUUUAAUAUCUUUUAGAUUUCUUAGAUUUCAUUAUUUUUAUCAGUGUUGUCAGUUCAGUUUUAAAUUCAUACAUAUUAUUAUAUCAUUGUUCAGUAAUGUUCAUACUUCAGAAUUGAAAAAAAAAGAAACACUGUUAAGAUACACACAAUAUAAGGCUUUUGUUCAAUUUUAUAAAGGAAAUCUUUACUCUAUAUAAUAUAUAAUUGAUCAAAAUUUGGACCGUUAGUUAUUUACUUUUAUCAAGUCCACAUAAUCAUUUUAAACAGCAGUUAUUCAUUGAAGUCCCUUAAAAAAACUAAUGUUUCAUUGUAAAAUUCUUAGAUGGCCUUUUACUGGUAGGUUAAAUGAAAUUGGUAGAUUGGGGUUGGGUCACUGAUGGUCAGAAUUUUUAUCUCUCUAUAUCAUUGUUGAGUCAAGAUUUCAUUAUUUUAAUCUCCCAGUUCUGUAUGCCAUAUAACCAAAGGGAAAAACAUUACUAGAUACCUUAAAAGUUGAUAAAUACAGUAAUC